AUGACCAUGGCAAGCAACAUCGUGGUCGAGUGGCUGCGGUCGCUCCACCUCGGCCAGUACUCGGAAUCGUUUAUCGAUAACGGCUACGACGACCUUGAGAUCUGCAAGCAGAUCGGCGAUCCGGAUCUCGAUGCGAUCGGCGUCUUCAAUCAGAAGCAUCGCGCGCGUCUGCUGCAAUCGGUGAAGACUCUACGCGAGGAAGGCGCCGCGAGUGUAUACUUCACGCUGGAGGAGACGAACGACAACAGCUGCGACAACAUCAGCUCCAAGUCGUCGAGGACGUCGUCCGACAGACCACCCAGCGAUAAGGAGGCGCAACGAGCGUCGCCCACGGCCAGCUCCUCCAGCGGCGGUCAGGAGCUGACGAAGUUCGCGGACGAGUACGAGGAAGGCAAGGCCGAGCUGGUGAGAAUUCCCAGGAUGCAACUGAGGAUGCUGCUGCAGGAGAAGCUCAGACACGACGGCAUCAGGCUGGCCUGCCAACCGUACACCACACCGGUAAGUCAAUUUACUUUGGAGGGAAACUCCGUUACGACAUGUAGUCUGUCGCUAGAGAAUAUAGAUAUCGACGAAUAUCGUAUAAGUUGA